AUGGCGCCGUUCGCGACGAGAGACGAGGCGUUUGGUGCCGUGGGAGCCAUAUCUGACCGAAUCUGCAUCCACACCAACGGCAGAGUCCAUGUGAACAUAUCAGCCCAGGACCUGGUGACAUGCUGCGCUAACUGCGCAGUGGAAGGUAACGGGUGCUACGCAGGAUAUAUCAACAAAGCUUGGGAUUUCUACCUGAAUGAGGGCAUCGUUACCGGUGGCCUGUACGGUACCAAGGAUGGCUGCAGCCCUUACUCCUACCCGCCAAGUAACCAGCUGGGACUGUCUCCACACAAGAAAGGUCGCCCUCCAAAGCCUCCUGCAUGCACGCACAGCUGUGAACAUGGGAACAACAAAUCUUACACCGCAGAAAAGCACUAUGGCAAGAAAAUCUACUCACUUUCUGGCGACGAGGACGAGAUCAAGAUUGAAGUAUUCAUGAACGGAAUCGGGGAAGGAGACUUCACUGUCUACAAUGACCUCCAGUCGUACAAGCGCGGUAAGCUUCACUGA